AUGUCUCCCCUACACUUCAGCUUCUAUUCUGCAUUCACAUUCAGCAGCCUAGGACUAGCAUUCCACCGAACACACCUCAUCUCUGCCCUACUAUGCCUAGAGAGCAUAAUACUAUCCAUAUUCAUCCCCCUCUCAAUCUGACCAGUAGAAAACCAAACCCCAUCAUUCGCCCUUGUACCUAUCCUAAUACUAGCCUUCUCAGCAUGCGAAGCUGGCACAGGCCUAGCCAUACUAGUAGCUUCUGCACGAACACAUGGCUCUGACCACCUACACAACCUAAACCUUCUACAAUGCUAA